UACACCGUUUGAAAGUGUCCCACCUAGUUUUGUUUAAAAUAGUCUUUGUAUGGUUGUUGCACUACAUGUUUAGCUACACUGCAUGUAUAGCUCGCAAACUCAGCUACACGGGGCUUAUUCUAAAUAUUUUUUACCAUCUAGCCGAGGUCUAGAGCUGACAAGGUAAGUAGCAGGUCUAGGACUAACUCUUACAUUAGCAACCCACAAAUAUGUUUGUGCCUGUACUGUCAUGGUAAUUAUUUUUUCUUUUAAAUCCCAGCAUGGAAAACCGACCACAGGUAAGCCAUUGAAAAUUAUUUUUAGUUAAGUACAUUGGAGCAAGAUAGUUAUUUUAAAUAUGUUUGUACAUCUAAACUAAAAUCCCUUUCCAGUUAAAUUCAGCUGAGACACAGGAGAGGGCACGGCAGCUACUCGCCCUGAUUUCUUCAGUAAUUCCUCCACAAGAACAGCGACAGGGCAGCCAGUGUGAAAUGGCCAAUUCCUCCAGGCCCACAGGAAGUCAGAUUGAGUGCAGCUCCGUCCAGUAUGAAAUGGCCAGGUCCUUCCCUGGAUUGUUCCGGAAUGGUAGAAAACGGCCAUCAACCAGUGUAUCAUCCCACUUUGCAUCAUUGAGUAACAAAAAAUGGAAACCUUUUGAUUUGAGCAUUUUUCUACUUUCGUCCAAUGACGAACUGACUCCACUUCCAUCAGAUGAACUGGCCUUCAUGCAGGCUGGAUUGGGAAAGAGGACGGUUUCUCUUGACCGUGAUCUAACGCAUGUAGAGGUAUGCGGAAGUGAUCACAUUGUAGUUCACAAGGCUAUUGCAGGCCACUUACCCAAAAAUGGUGGAGCUGCAGGACCGGUGGCUGCUUUACAAAGCAGGAGGUAAUGUAAAAAUACUUAAAUUGACACUUCAUUUAUGUAAAAUAGGUAAUGCAACAGAGAAUGGUAACAUACAUCUGGGUCCUCAACUCCCUUAUUACCUCUCCUUCACCUCGUCACUAGCUGAUGUGUGGUGAGCGUUUAUCCAGGUGGGAGCUACACAUUGGUUGUGAUGUGCCACCCCCCUCGUCUUGAGCACCUCAAACUUCUUAUUGAUGGAACACUAUAUAAAUGCUAUAUUAUUUGUUAUUCCACAUAUCCAUUUUUUCAAUCAUGUUUAAUUUUACCAGGUGGAAAUGGGAGGAGAAAAAUGUCCGCAAUCCCCUUGGAGGCUGAGGGCUACACUGGUGCUAUGCUCCGGAAAGUUUCAGGUGGUGGGAAAGGCACUCUUUACAUAGUGCCUCUUCAGGAUGAGUUGGACCUCUCACCACUCCCAGCAAAUGCUCCAGAGUUUGCUUUGAUGCCCAAGGCCAGCUGCAAGCACUGUUUUGCAGAGAUGCCUCUCCAAAUGUUGGCUCUACAUGACUGUAAAUGUGCUAGCCACACCAGCCCAGACUUGGAGGUGAACUUUUUUCUAGAAUUUGGGAUAUUAAAUGUCUAAAAUUAACUGUGUAUGGAUAUCUUAAACUUGAAAUGUGCUUUAAUCUUAUAGAUUAUCUCUGAUGAUGACGACGAUGAUGUCCAAUUUCCUGAAGUUUUGCAAACUCCAGUGCCAGUGCAGAUGACUGAAGAGGACCACUGCCCUCAGCAGAAAGGGGAUGUCCAGUGUCCUAUAUGUGGCAUAUCCUUCCCAGUCCUGCUUAUCGAGGAACAUGCUAGCUAUUGUGGCCAAAGAACUGAGGACACAACCUCACCUGAGAGGGAACUCCAUCCUGAGACAGAUGAUAUCUCAUGUGAGGAAGAUGUGAUCAUGUGGCUCAAAUCAAAAGUGGAUACCAGCAAGACCUUUGAGCUCUGUGUGUCUCGAGAUAAUAUGUUUGAAAGAGGUCUGAAGUUAUGGAAGCGCAACAAAAAGGCUACACCAAUUAAUCCCUUGCGGAUCAAUUUCCUUGGAGAGGCAGGGAUUGAUACAGGGGCCCUUAGAAAAGAGUUUCUGACCACAAUGGUAUCUGGGAUUGAGCAGCGCCUUUUUGAAGGUGUGAAGUCCAAAAUGCCCAAAUAUUCUGUGAAUGACUUUGAUGAAGAGCUCUUCAGCCUAGAUUUGCAGGUGAAAUCUUUGCUACAAGCAUUGCCCAAGGUGGAACCUGCACCACGUUUCCUCCAGCGGUGGUGCUACAACUUUCUAGUAUCUGGCAAGCUCUCACUGGAUCAAGUCCUGGACCCGAGCUUAUCACCGCUAAUAACAACAGUUGCAGAGGCGUCCGACAUGACUGACUACAUUGCAGACAUUAUGGAUUGUGGCUAUACUGGCAAGAUCGACAUUGGAACACAAAGAGAACAUUCUAAGAGCAAUCGGUCUGCAUGUCAUGACAAAAAGAAUGCCCAUGCUUCAGCAACUCCGUGAGGGCUUGGCAGCUCCG